AUGGGUGGCCAAAUUACUCGCUGUGACUUCGAAUGGUCGUACACAGCCGAACCACAUGCUACGAGAAGAAAAGAAAUACUUGGUAGGCUGACAUUUGACUGCUUUAGCCCACAUUGACCCGAUGAUUUUACUUUAUACAAAAGCAUUAAGCAUUAACGAACAUGACCCUGCGACAGUUUGGCAUCACUAGUUGACUUUUACAAAAGAAGCUAAAUAUUUUUGUUGACCACUUACUUUUUUGGUUGUUCAUUUGAGAUAUUCAGAGCCCUUUAGAAAAUCUCAAUUGGUUUUUUACUAUUGAGUUUACUAUAAACAUGGAUUUAGAUUAUAAAUAAGUGCGCCUUAAUUAGUCAGGCUUUAUUGCUAACAAAAGCGAUCUGUUUCCUAUAAUAUCCAAGCUGUUUAAAAACAGCUAAGGUAAACGAGGCACAAAAUGAUGAAUUUUCACAUGGCGAUUCUAGACGAAAAUUCGCUAACUAGCCCAUUCCUUUUUCAAAAGAUGUCUCUGAGCUAAGUAUUCACGGCUCAUUUUGUCGCAUGCAAGGUUGUCGUACGCUAAUACAACAGAUGUAGUGAAUUGUUAUUUAUUUUUUUCGACUUCAUGACGUUUCAACAUUAAUAAGUCUAACUAGCAAUAAACUAUGUCAUUUGGGGCCAUCGUGUUAUGUCUGCCAAAAAAAACCAUGCAAUUUCGCAUGAUCGCCCUACAUAUCGACUAUAAGUAACUUAGUAACAAACAUUUAUCAACCCCUCCCUAAUUAAUGCAUACAUCGACAUACACCUGGUAUUUCACGAAUAGCAGCUCAUUAGGCUUAAGCGUUUUUUACUCGCAUCCCCUAAUUGGCAUAAUUUUCAAAGCUCCGUGGACUAUCAGUACAAAAGAAAGAAAUUUUUAGUCAAAAUUUUGCCAGCAUUGGCUUUUAUUUGUGGCGACGACAUGGCAGUAAUAUUCAAGUCUUGGAAGCAAAUUGGGUAAACACUCACUAUCGAUUUUGCGGAACGUGUUGUAGCACGAAUAGAACACAGGUGUAUUUAGUUCCACCACGAAAUAAUUAUUGAAGCCUCAGGUUUUUGUGAAUAAGAAUAGCUCGUUGUAAACAUUGCGCAGUUGACCAAUAUCAAACUGGGCAAUACAAACUUGUUUGAAUACCCAACAUCUUGUAUCCUUCACCAUUUCCGAGUGACCUAACGGUCUUGUCUGCAAAUUAGGCCCUGUCCACACGUAUCCAUGUUUGUUUGAAUACGGAUAUUUUUUCUCCGAGUGGUUUGGCCAAUCUUCUACACGUAUCGGGUGAACGCGGUCAUCGAAAACGUAUCUUUUCAAAGAAGGCUCUUGACAGUGGAGAAUUUUGAAAACGCCAACUUCUCGUUUAAGUGUGCCUCGAGCAUGACGUAUAUUCCGUAAGGGAUUCUAUCGUAUUUUCUUCCUUUGAGCGUUUUCAUGUGAACGGGCGAAAACGAUUAGCAUACGCUACGUGUGGAUGCACAUAUUUUUUUUGGAAAACGAAGAAAAAAAUCUCCGUUUUCAAAAAUAUCCGGAUGCGUGCGGACGGGGCCUAAGUAAGUGAGAUUUUUUUUUAAAAAGUCAAUUAAUUGUCCAGAGCUGUUUUAAUUUUUUCAUUGCCCCAUCCUCCUCGACUCUUCGCAAAAAAACUGACUUUUUAAUAAUGCUAAGGAAGUCGCAGAGUGAAAUUUCACUUCCGAUAAAUGGAAGGAGCACUUCUCAGAUCUUUGGAGACUCCGGGGUAUAGCAGUUUAUGGGAACGAAAUAUUCAUGGACCAAAUCCCCACAGACAAAGUUUGCGAGAAGAACGGCAAAAUCAUUUCUGGAGGCAAAAUCCCCUCUGUCCCAAAAUGGGAGGGGCGAAGACAACCAUUAGCGAGCCACGAGAGAACGCGGGCUAGCGGCGAAGUCGCACUCGAGUCUCCUUUUGCGUGCUGCUCUCGCGUGACUUCUCGAGACUCCCACAAUUGGAGAGCUUACUCGCAGGCUAAGACGUCCCUUCCAUCAACCUCGUUCCCAGGGAUUUUCCGAUCGAAAAGGGGAGGGGCGGAAACAAGGUUGCAUUGCCCCAUGUUGAUUCCCUAUAAGAUGGUAGGGGCACUCUUCCAUGUUCGGGGAAACGCCAUAGGGAGGCAAUCUUGAAUUACUGAGACUUAUUCUAUUCUUUUUCUAAGCCAAGUAUCCUGAGAUCAAGAAACUGAUGGGCAGUGAUCCUAUCUUCAAGUACCAAAUCUUGUUGUUGAUGUCGCUUCAACUCUCACUGGCCUACAUAAUGCGUGACCUGUCUUGGACCAAUCUCUUCAUAGCAUCCUACUGCCUGGGUGCCGUGGCAACCCAUGGUCUCAUCGUGGGA